AUGGCAGACAAGGUGCCCAACCACAGCAGGUUCCAAAGCUGCUCUGCACCCAGACUCCUAGGUGACCUCUGGGGAGGUGUUCUCCCUGGCCCCUCGCGCUGCGGCGUCUUGGCCGCGCCCCUGCAUGCUCCGGCUUCGGAUUGUCCUCCCGGGAGACCAUGGCUUGAAUACUUUAAUUCUCCAUAUGGUACAAAAUAUUUUCCUGAAUAUGCAGAGAAAAUUCCUGGUGAAUCCACACAGAAGCUUUCUGAAGUAGCAAAAGAGUGCGGCGUAUAUCUCAUUGGAGGCUCCAUCCCUGAGGAAGAUGCUGGAAAAUUAUAUAACACCUGUCCUGUUUUUGGGCCUGAUGGAAGUUUACUAGUAAAACACAGAAAAAUCCAUCUGUUUGACAUUGAUGUUCCUGGGAAAAUUACAUUUCAAGAAUCCAAAACAUUGAGUCCUGGUGAUAGUUUCUCCACAUUUGAUACCUCUUACUGCAGAGUGGGCCUGGGCAUCUGCUAUGACAUGCGUUUUGCAGAGCUUGCACAAAUCUAUGCACAGAGAGGAUGCCAGCUCUUGGUGUAUCCUGGAGCUUUCAAUCUGACCACUGGACCCGCUCACUGGGAAUUACUUCAGCGAGGCCGUGCUGUUGAUAAUCAGGUAUACGUGGCCACGGCCUCUCCUGCCCGGGAUGACAAAGCAUCCUACGUUGCUUGGGGACACAGCACCAUUGUGAAUCCUUGGGGUGAAGUCAUAGCCAAAGCUGGCAUUGAAGAAAUGGUCCUGUAUUCAGAUAUAGAUCUGAAGAAGCUGGCUGAAAUACGUCAGCAAAUCCCAAUUUUAAGACAAAAGCGACCAGACCUCUAUGCAGUGGAACCAAAAAAGCCCUAAGGAUUAUAUUUCCAACAUGUCAUGAAACAGGAAGAUAUGGAGCAUGAUAAACUCCCUAUUGAAUCCUUUUUCUUGGGGGUGGAUGUGUGGCUCCCCCCAGUUCUCACAUCCUGCUGAGCACAU